AUGUUGCCGAGUAACUCCAUCCAUUGUAUUAUGACCUCACCGCCGUAUAAUAAACUUGGCCUUCAACAAGGUCGACCGUAUCGUGGACAAAUUAUUUACGAUACAUAUGAUGAUGACAUGAACGAAGAUGAAUAUAAACAAUGGCAAUGCGAUCUUUUGAAUGAGAUCAAUCGUGUUCUUACACCUGAUGGUUCUCUUUUCUACAAUCAUAAAGAUCGUCGUUAUUGCAAACGUGAUCAUCCUCCAGAAGAAUUUAUUUUGCGAAGUAAUUUAAACCUAUAUCAAACAAUCGUAUGGGACAGAGGGUGCACCGCAAAUCAAAACUCCGCCUAUUUUCGGCCAAAUCUCGAAAAAAUUUUCUGGUUAACGAAAUCGUUGUCUGACACUUCAAUAGCACCUAAGUUUAAUCGUGAUCGGUUGCCAGAAUGUUUUAAAAGUUCAAUUUGGCGUAUACCGCCCGAUAGACGAAAUAAUCAUCCAGCACCAUUUCCAGCACUUCUCGCCGAAAUUUGCAUUUUAGCAACAACUGAUGAAGGUGAUCUUGUCUUGGAUCCAUUUGCCGGAUCCGGUACAACACUUCUAGCUGCUGCCAAUCUUCGAAGGUCUUUUCUUGGAUUUGAUAUCAGUAAGAAGUAUCAAGCAAUGUUCAAGCAUCGAUUGAACACCUCAAAUCGUCAUGUACAUCUAUGGGAAGAGAUGUUUGUAGUAGAAAAAAUUCUUGAUCGACGAAUUCGAAAUGGUGGUGUUGAAUAUCUUCUGAAAUGGAAAGGUUUUGAUGACGAUCAAAACACGAAAGAUUCCAAAUUUGAUAGAAAAUAG